CUCCCUUCAAACACACACACUCACACGCGCUCAGCCGAAGUGAUUCAACCCUGAUUUCCAAGCGAGCAACAAGACAGGAUGCCCAAAAGUGCAGUCCGGCCGGGAGGUUUUUACGCGCCGGUUUGGCUUCUUUGAGGAGAAAGCCUUUGGAAGCAGGAGCAGCAAGUGAAGAAAAGAAAGGCGCGUUGUUUCUCCCCCGCUGCAAGUUGCGCUCAUUGCCAGAGUUUUUAGCGGCAGUAUUGUUCCGACUUCACUCUAGAGGGGCCACUCUGAGGAGAGAGGACGCACACAAAAGGGGGGGAAAGGAAAAGGGACUUAACGACCAGGCUUUUUUCGCCGCUUAAAAAGAAGUAAUGGUCUUAAGACCAUAGAUUUCUCUGUCUCUUUUGCUCUCUUUUCCUCUCUAUUGUUUUUUUUUUUCUUCCAUUUUUUUUCGCGUCCCGUCUGGUGGUGCGCCCCUCUUGUUUGUCGCCGUGAAGAGAGAGUGGAAGCGCCGGGGUGCGAGGAGCAGAAGCGGGGCUGUCCACAUGCUCCAACCGCUGGCGUGAAAGUUGACUUCUUCAGAAACCGAGAGAACAGGUGACAGUGAUGAUGGUGGAAUCAGCCUCUGAGACCAUUCGAACAACACCGUCCAACCAAAACGGAGUCAGUAGCCUUAGCAGCCAAUCAGACGGAGGGGGAGGCAGAGAAGGCGGGUCCAAUGGAGACACCAAUGGAGAGAUCAGUCCGGUUGACUUACUGCACCUGCAGCAGCAACAGGCACUCCAGGCAGCCAGACAGUUCCUCCUCCAGCAGGCCUCUGGACUCAACUCCCCUGGCAGCAACGAGGUCAAGCAGAACCCUGUGCAGGUUCCCGUCUCCAUGGCCAUGAUGAGCCCACAGAUGAUCACUCCUCAGCAAAUGCAACAGAUCCUGUCCCCUCCUCAGCUCCAGGCCCUGCUGCAGCAGCAGCAGGCUCUUAUGCUACAGCAGCUACAGGAGUACUACAAGAAGCAGCAGGAGCAGUUGCAUCUCCAGCUUCUGACUCAGCAACAGCAGCAGCAGCAGCAACAGCAGCAGCAGCAACAGCAGCAGCAGCAGGCCGGGAAGCAGGCGGCAAAAGAGCAGCUCGGCAGUAAGCAGCUGGCCUUCCAGCAGCAGCUGAUCCAGAUGCAGCAGCUUCAGCAGCAGCACAUCCUCAACCUCCAGAGACAAGGCCUGGUUCCACUGCAGCCCACCGCCGCCAUGCAGUCUCUUCAGCAAGCAAUGUGUCCAUCAGACCUCCAGCAACUGUGGAAGGAGGUGUCCGGAGUGCCGACCGCUGAGGACGCCCUUAAACAGGCCGAGGGCCUGGACUUGAGCACCAACAGUUCUAAUUCUACCUCAGCCUUCCCCAAAGCUGCCAGUGCUCACAUUCCUCUGCACAGCCUGCCCAACGGACAGAGCCACACCCCAAAGAGAGACAGAGCCAGACUGUUUGAGUGGAUAUCCUCCUUCACCAAGGCAGACAGCGGAGACGACCAUGUCCCCCUUUACUCCAAAGGCAGCCAGCCUCCCAGCAGCCAUCAUGAGGAGCUCAGCAGCUCCCAUCCCCUCUACGGUCAUGGAGAGUGCAAGUGGCCUGGCUGUGAAGCACUGUGUGAGGACAUGGGACAGUUUAUCAAGCACUUGAAUAAUGAGCACGCCCUCGAUGACCGCAGCACUGCUCAAUGCAGAGUCCAGAUGCAGGUGGUUCAGCAACUGGAGAUACAGCUGGCAAAGGAGAGCGAGCGACUUCAGGCCAUGAUGACCCACCUGCACAUGCGCCCCUCAGAGCCAAAACCUUUCAACCAACCUCUGAACCUGGCUUCCAGCGGCUCCCUGUUAAAGAGAGACAGCGAGGCCUACCCAGAGGGUCUCCCCCACCCUCCCACCUCAGCCGCCACCCCCAUCACGCCGCUGCGCCAGGGACCCUCCGUCAUCAGCUCUUCCAGCCUGCACACACACUCCCACUCCCACACACACCCGGUCGGCCCCAUACGUCGGCGCAACUCGGACAAGUACUGCACCCCUAUUGCCUCAGAGCUCGCUCAAAACUGUGAGUUCUACAAGAACGCUGAUGUCAGGCCUCCUUUUACCUACGCCUCUCUUAUACGCCAUGCCAUCCUGGAGUCCCCAGACAGACAGCUGACUCUAAACGAGAUCUACAACUGGUUUACACGAAAGUUUGCAUAUUUCAGGAGAAAUACUGCCACAUGGAAGAACGCCGUGCGCCACAACCUGAGUCUGCACAAGUGCUUCGUUCGCGUUGAGAACGUGAAGGGGGCCGUGUGGACCGUGGACGAAGUCGAAUACCAAAAGAGGAGACCACCAAAGAUGACCGGAAGUCCCACUCUGGUGAAAAACAUGAUUUCAGGCCUGGGUUUCGGAUCCCUAAACGCCAGCUACCAGGCGGCUCUAGCAGAGAGCAGUUUGUCUCUGCUGAACAGCCCCCCUCUGGUGACCCCUCCGUCUGCAGCCAGCCUCAACAUGCUGCAUGUGGGCCACGACGAUGUCAGCUCCACCGUGGAGCAGGUCAACAGCAAUGGCAGCUGCAGCCCCACGCUCAGCCCUCAGCAGUACAGCCACCCAGUGCACGUGAAGGAGGAGCCCACCGAGGUGGAGGAGGACAGCCGACCAGUAUCCCUCCUGGCCGGCGUCACACACAGCCUGCCGUUGCCAAGCGACGAGCGUGACCUGGAGGAAGAUCUUCCUACCGAGGAGCUGGAGUAGGACCGGAUCAAAGGGCCCGCUCUAAGAUCAGUCCUUAGCGCUCUUUAAUCAGCGUAAAGAGGAGAGAAAAAAACAGCAUCCGUACACUUACAGAGAAAAGAGAAAGAAAAAAAAAGUUUUUUUUUUUUUUUUUUAGUUUGUUUUAAAGAGAGUUCGAACAACAGAGAAUGACAUUGAGAAACUCUAAAACAGGGUUUAGAUGACUUUUGUUACAUUCAGCCGCAAAAAACCAUGACUGUGGAGCACUGCUUUACCUCCCCCGCCCCCCACCUCCUCCCCCCAACUCAGAGGUGUAACACCACUUUGUUCAGAUACACUUUCUCCCAAAACCUGUGCACGCACACAUGCACACACGUAUAAUUGUUUACCUGUCAAAACCACACCUGGGUGGAAAAACAAACAUGUCUUGGGGACGAAACAAAAAAAAAAAAAAAAUAAGAAAUAGCUCCCAUGAGUCUCGGAUGUUCGCUCCUCAUCCCACCUGACAGAGGCGCCUUUCCUCUCUGCUGAGGAGGAACACUGAUGUGCGUUUGAAAGAAGACAUGCACAACACAUAGGAUCAUGUGUAUAUAGAUUUAGUGAGGUCACCCGGGGGGGGCAGGACACCUCUUCUUCCCUCCCCUCUUUGAGUCAGACUUUUGUCAUCAAACGCUUUGAUAUGAGAGGAAUAAAAACGGGAGGAGGAAGAAGGACGGCGUCGCCCUGCUCCAUAUCUAGGCCUCCGUCAGCAUCGGGACGAUUUUUCUUUUCUUUUUUUAAACUAUUUACUUCUCCUUAGAAGAAAACAAGACAUUUUUUUCCUACAAUUACCACAACCCACCCCUCCCCAACAAAGACUGCAGGAAAAGGUGCUCUUCUUCUUCUGCUCUCCGUCGCAGAUGAGCUUCGGACACUUUGGAGGGGAAGAAGAAAUGACGGGAGGCAGCGAGAGACGAGGGAGGAAGUGUCUACAGAAGCUUUGUGACAAAAAAAAAGAAAAAACUGUCUGUGAUUUUGAGAAAUAAGAGAAAAAAAACGUGUGGUAGCUUUUGUCAUUUUAUUUCAAUGUUUUUUUGUUUUUUUUAUUACCUUUGAUGAUCAAUAUUCCCAAUUUGGGUUCGGAUGUUUGUCUGUUUUUUUGUUUUAUUUGUCGUAAAGGUUGUUUGAUUUGCUCCUGUUGUUCGCACCAUUCCAAAUAAGCGUCGGCAAAAUAACGAGUAGAGAUUCUCUUAUUUUUGUUCUGUUUUUUUUUAUUUUAAAGAUGCGCAGUAUUGUCCCCCAAACAUCCUGCCCCUCAACAGCUUUUUUCUCCCAAGUAAAGCAGGAAAAGAAAAUUGGAAAUAGCACUUAAAGAGUUCCCAUUAACCACCAAACUUGUUUUUAUUUCAACUCUUUUUUUUAAGUUGUGUAUUUACUUAAGAUGUAUCUGUAAUGCUUUAAAAAAAAA